AUGGCGCCCGCACGGAUCGAAGAGGACGAUCCAGUGACAGCCGAAUACGACGUCUUCCUCACCAACCCCAGCGCAAAACAGCAGAUCCUCCUCGUCCAAUACCCCAACCGCUCCCGCGACAAACCCUACAAUGCCAGCGGCUUGGCCCUACCGCGCGAGAUGCGAAUCAAACCACAAGCCGCCCACAUGGAGCUGGACAUCAGCCUCAACACCGAUCGCAACUUCAACAAGUGGAGGGGCCUGAAGUGGGGAGAUGCGCUGAAGACGGGCAGGGAGGUGCAGAAUGUCAGUGCUACGUAUGGUUUGGCGGCGGGGUUUACGGGAGUGAGGGGUGGAGUUGGAGGGGGAUUGAGGAGGCUUCAGUUGAAAGAUGCGGCGGAUAGGGAACUCGAUCUGUCUAAUGGACUUAUCGAGUUCGACGACGCUCAAGAACAAGGGAAGGUCAUGCACACACAGACUCUCGGCGGCCAAAUCGUUCACCACGAGAGCGCGACAGAAGCUGGCAAGCCGGUCUACUUUGUGGGCGCCUUUCGUGGCUCCGAACUCCACCUCUCCCAGGUGACGGGCAGCGUACAGCUCCGCCCACAAUUCCACCACCUCGACGCCGAAGACCAACGCAACCGUAUCGCCGCCUCGCGCGCCGCGGCCGAAGCAGAAGCAGCUGCCUCCGCUGCCCCAGACAUUGCACGCGUAGUGCACCAGACAUACAAACCCACGACCAUCAAUCCCAAGGGCGAGCUGGAGCAGCGCGAGCACGAGAUGAAGAUGGCGCUGCAGACGGCGCACGAGGAGCGCUGGGUGAAGCUGGAGUACGUCGACGAGGAGGAGCCCGAGGCGUAUCGGGUGUGGAACGAGCGGAUGUUUGUGCAAGACACGAGUGAGGCGGGAGGCUGUGUGAGGUUGAGGAGUGGAAUGGAGGAUGAGGAGUUUUUGGAUGCGAUUAGUGCCCCGGCAAAGGAGGGGACAGUGAGAAGGAGGAGGAGAUCGAGGAAGGGCAGGGGGAGUGAGGUGGUCGAUGUGGAUGUGGAUGUGGAUGAUGGGGAGGAGGGAUGA